AUGACCUUGACAGUUUUGAAGAGUACCAGUCAGAUAUUUUGUAGGAUAUCCCUCAGCUUCCUCCUGAUCUUGGCACUGACUGAAGCACUGGUAUUUGCCAUCCAGGAACCAUCUCCCAGGGAAUCUCUUCAGGUUCUCCCCUCAGGCACUCCCCCAGGCACCAUGGUGACAGCACCCCACAGCUCUGCCAGACGCUCCUCUGUGGUGACGCUGUCCCUCCAUCCUGAUGGACCCUCCUCACAGGCUGCAGCUCCCACAGCAACGGCGACACCCCAUCCAGACGGGCACCCUCCUACAAACGCCAUCUCCACCAUCGUGGUGACAGCAACCACUCCCCAUUCUGAAAGUCCCCUGCCCACAGGGCCUCCUCCUGCUGCCAUGGCAACCACAUCCUCCCACUCAGAGGGCCGCCCCCCAGGGGAGGCUGCGCCCACCAUCCUGCUGGCAAAGCCAACAGGAGCCACCAGCCGUCCCACCACAGUGCCCCCCCGGGCUACCACACGCAAGCCCCCCAGACCCCCUGGCUCUUCCCGAAAGGGGGCUGGGGGCUCCUCACGCCCUGUCCCACCUGCGCCCAGUGGACACUCUGGGAGGAAGGAAGGCCAGCGGGGACGAAACCAGAGCUCUGUUCAUCUGGGGCAGAAGCGGCCCCUUGGGAAAAUCUUUCAGAUCUACAAGGGUAACUUCACAGGGUCUGUGGAGCCAGACCCCUCUGCCCUCACCCCCAGGACCCCACUCUGGGGCUAUUCCUCCUCCCCACAGCCCCAGACAGUGGCCCUGACCACAGCGCCCAGCACUACCUUGUGGGCACCACCUACCACCCUCCUGGUGCCUGCAGAGGACAAGCCAGGCCUUCCCAGAGUGGACCAGGAGGGUGAUCCCACCUUCACCAGCCAAGGAGGGGAGCCGGACACUACCGCAGCCUCAGGUGCCCCUGCCAGCCCACAGCCUGCCCCAGUGCCUUCUCAGCACCCCCGUGGUGACCCGCAGGAUAGCCCCAGCCACAGUGACUCUGGGCUUACCGUCACCCCCAGCACCAACAGAUCUCCUUCUGCCAGCUCUGGGGUCUUCACGGCUGCCACCACCAGGCCCACCCAGGCUGCCUUUGACGCCAGUGUCUCAGCCCCUUCCCAGGGGAUUCCUCAGGGCGCGUCUUCAACCCCACAGGCUCCAGCCCUUCCCCCCGGGGUCUCAGAAAGCACUGUUUCUCGAGCCGAGGAGGAGUCUGCAGCCACCCCCACCAUGACCGACAGGGUGCCCAGUCCUCUCUCCACAGUGGUGUCCACAGCCACAGGCAACUUCCUCAACCGUUUGGUCCCCGCUGGGACCUGGAAGCCUGGAAUGGCAGGGAACAUCUCCCAUGUGGCCGAAGGGGACAAACCCCAGCACAGAGCCACCAUCUGCCUGAGCAAGAUGGACAUCGCCUGGGUGAUCCUGGCCAUCAGCGUGCCCAUCUCUUCCUGCUCUGUCUUGCUGACAGUGUGCUGCAUGAGGAGGAAGAAGAAGACGGCCAACCCGGAGAACAACCUGAGCUACUGGAACAACGCCAUCACCAUGGACUACUUCAACAGGCAUGCCGUGGAGUUGCCAAGGGAGAUCCAGUCCCUUGAAACUUCUGAGGAUCAGCUCUCAGAGCCCCGCUCCCCGGCCAACGGCGACUAUAGAGACACUGGGAUGGUCCUUGUUAACCCCUUCUGUCAAGAAACACUGUUUGUGGGAAACGAUCAAGUAUCUGAGAUCUAA